CCCUGGAGCUGUUGUGGAAAACACGUUGUUAGCUUGUUAGCUUGUUAGCUGUGACUGUCAGUGAAGCUGGUGAGUAAACAUCAUAACAACAACAGGCGUGUUAGCUGUUAGCUUGGUAGCUUUGACUUUUGCUGCUCAUCACUCGAGGGAGCCAGAGUCACCGAUGCUGUAAUAUCAUGAGCGGCGUCGUCAAGAAGGACGAAUCUGGUGUUUACCAACGGGUGGUGUUAAAGAACGCCUCGCCAUACCACUACAUGAAUGUUUGCCUUGUCCUGGAAGAUGAGUCUACCAAACUGAGUGCUGUUGAAUUUAAGCAGUUUAUCAUCUCAGGCCUGAAGAGCCUGUAUGGAGAGGUGGGAGCAGCUUUAUCUUUUGACCUGUUGAAGUACAAUGAAGACAAACGCACUGCUCUGCUGCGUGUUUACAGCAGGGGUUUGGUGAAGCUGUGGAGCUCCCUGACUCUGCUGGGCUCCUACCAGAACCAGGCCUGUGCCUUCAGAGUGCUGCAGGUGUCUCCGUAUCUACUGGCGCUGACAGGAAACAGCCGAGAGCUGCAGCUGGACUGACGCAGGAGAAGCAUUGUUUUGUUCAAGAUGAGUUUCAUAUGGAGGAGCGUCUUAAACAAAUCACAGCUGUGUCACUCGACCA